AUGAGUAUUAUGAGUUAUAACGGAGGAACUGUCCUCGCCAUGGCGGGGAACGAAUGUGUCUGCAUUGCUUCUGAUCUCAGACUGGGAGAACAGAUGACAACGAUAGCUGUUGAUCAGAAAAAGGUCCACAAAAUUGCAGACAAGGUGUAUCUAGGACUCGCUGGGUUCAAUUCGGAUGCAGUCACUGUUUUGGAAAAAGUCACCUUUCGGAAGACAUUAUAUGAGCUUCGGGAAAACCGCAAAAUUAAGCCAGCAGUGCUCGCGACGAUGAUUUCUAAUCUUGCUUAUCAACAUCGGUUUGGCUCGUUUUUCACAGAGCCGUUAGUUGCUGGCCUUGAUCCAGAUACUAAUAAGCCAUACAUUUGCGGAAUGGAUACAAUUGGUUGCAUUGCUGCUCCAAAUGAUUUUGUUGCUGUUGGCACGGGUCAAGAGUACUUACUUGGGGUGUGCGAAACAUUCUGGAAGGAGAACAUGAGCCCCGAAGAGUUGUUUGAGGCUACUGCGCAAUCGAUGCUUGCCUGCUUAGAGAGAGAUGCUGCUUCAGGAUGGGGAGUUGUCAUUUAUACAGUCACUAAAGAUAAGGUGAACAUCAGUACGUUGAAAGGAAGAAUGGAUUAA